CCCUUUCCAAGAGAUUCAGCCACCCCGGCUUCUAUCACGGGCCUAGCGCCAAGCCCGCCCCCGAAACAAGCACGCCUCCAAAUUGCCAUCUUCCAAACCUCAUCUGCGCCAUCAGUCGAGCAUCAAACUAAUGCCACCAACCACUUCCCAGCGCUUCGCGAAGUCGGGUCUGAUGAAAAACGGUAAGCCUUCGGAAAGUAUCCACGGAAAUAUCUUGGCUGUUUAGCCUUUGUGAACCAAUGUUUGAUCUCCAAUAAUGGAUAUGGAGUUGCCAGGAUGGGGUGAUGCAGUCGUCCUGAUGUACAUCUCUUCUCCACCUCUCAUCACUGUCUUCUCUACCUCCAUCUCUUGUCCUUUCGUUGUCGUUGUCCGUGUCGUGUUGAUUUUUUCGUGCAUCUUCGGCCGGUCCGCAAUUCACUUCUUGUCCCAUAAUUUCUACUGCUAGCCACAAGCUCUUUUCAUCAUGUAUAUAUUGCCCUUGGUUUCUCUCUUUGCGGUUGCACUCGCUUUCCCCCAGAGGCGGAAGGGGAAUGGAGGGGGCGCCCAGAGGGCUACGGCCCAGCAACAAGCAGCACAGAUUCCUGGAGGAAUUUCCAAGGCCACAGAUGGCUCAACUAUUGUUGAUGACACCGUCAACGUGAAUGGUCUCCCAAUCCGCUUCAAGGUCUCCGCCCCAGCAGACCAAUUCCUCACAACAACCGGUGUAACCGGCGCUGCCGCAACUUCCCCCAACGGUACCAUGGGCGUCAAUGUCCUCCUCCACGGUGACGGCGGACAAUCCUUCUUCGACUUCCCCAACCAGGCUGUGCAAGCCAACACAAUGGGUGUCGCCCUCCUCGCCCCAGACCCAAACCUCUUCUGGGGCGGCGGAUCCGGCCUUCAACGCACAGACGGCGUCGCCCACGCCCAAGCCGUCAACGACUUUGUCCAGCAGAUGCUCCCGCAAAUGGUUGCCUUUGACAACAGCAAGGUCUUCUUCACAGGCGUGUCCGGCGGUUCGCUCUUGAUGUCCGGAUUCUUCAUCCCCGCUCAAAUGCAGAACUUCGCAAACUCUGGUGUGAUGUUAAAUUGCGGGGGUAUGCCGCCUCAAGUCAAUGUUGUGGACCCUGCUGCGGUAGCCAACACUACAAUUCAUUUCCAAUCAACCCAGAGCGAAUUGAAGUUGUUGCAGGGCAGUAUCCCACAGGCUGUGACCGCGUAUGAGCAAAUUGCGUCUCAGCAAGGCCUCAACACCGACCAAAUCAAUGCCCUGCAAACCGUCGACAACAGCCCCACAGGAGGACACUGCGAAUUUGACGGCAAGGAUUUCGUCUCUGGUGUACAGGUCAUGGCGAAUGCUUAUUCAAAUGUGAUCCAGGCUGGCGGUGAUGGCAAUGUGCAAGGCCUUGGUGCUCCGAGCAACGGGCAAGUGAAGACAGGUGUAGUUGGAAAUGAGCAGUUGAAGUUUGUUGGCGGGCAGAAGAGAUGGGUUGUUCCGAGUGACAAGAGAUGGGUGGUGCCGAACGACAAGUGGGUUGUCCCCAGUGAUAAGUGGGUUGUCCCGAAUGACAAGUGGGUUGUUCCAAAUGAUAAGUGGGUUGUGCCAAACGAUAAAUGGGUGGUACCAAGCGAUAAAUGGGUUGUUACUGAAGACCCUUGAAUGAGAGGUUGUAAGGUUAGGGUAGAUUGAGCGAUAUGACAGAGGUGGGGGCGGGAGAGAUGAUAAACGCAGGAUUACUAUCUCCACGAACCACGAAUGCAAUGAAUAUUGAUCAGAUACAAGG